CCUAAUAAAGCACAUAACCACGACCAGCAGCAGCACUAUCAUCAUGGCAUCAGGGACUUGCGUUGUUUGCUGCCUCACGAGCAUCCAUUUCACUGGCAACCUCCUCAUCAUUACUACUUUUACAGGGAACACCCCCAUUAUUUUCAUACUCUGCCCCGACCUCAUCAUUAUCAUCAUCAGCCUCACCAUCACCAUCACCAUCUUAACCACAGUUGCCUUUAUACCAUUAACAACUCUACAACACAAAACCAUUACACAACAGCCUGCUGA